CUGCAUGCAUACAUCACCUCCCCACCAAACGCAUUUACUUACAAACGUGUGUUUUUUCACACACUAAAAACAGCUACCCUAGUAUUACUCCAUUUUUUCAUUUAUUCAAAACCACCAUUGAUCUUAUAAUGGCGUCGACUCGAAGAGAGACGGAGAGCACUUCUUGGUGGUGGUCCGGCGGCGGCGGUGGAAGAGGGGAAUUCAUGUUUGGUGAUGAUGAGAUUAAUCGCCGCCGCGAAAUUCAGGCGGAGGAGGCAGUUGGCGGUUACGAUCUGCUUCCGCAUGCGGCGGCGGCACCGGCUGCGAUGGAAACUUAUAGUCAAAGCGAGAUCGAUUUCGAUAUGUAUCAGGCUACUUAUCCGAGGCCGAGGCUGCGGUGGACGCAAGAACUUCACGACCAGUUUGUUAAGGCUGUCGAUGAACUCGGUGGAGCAAAUAAGGCAACACCUAAAGCAAUCUUGAAUCUAAUGGGGGUGCCAGGACUCACUCUUUACCACCUCAAGAGUCAUUUACAGAAAUUCAGGCUUGGCAAGACUUCAAGAAGAUUAUGGAGAAGGGAAUUCGUACCCGCGGCAGCGGAUUGUUGCCAACGGAACGACGAGCGAUUGCCACCAGCAACCCUAAUGGAAGGCCAGGGAUCUUCAAUCUCAAAGGCAUUUGACAUGAAUAAAUUGCUAAAUGAGAGCAGAAUCAAAGCACUUGGAGCUGAGAGAUAUGGAAAUCUGAAUCUACUAGUUGAGCCUCAGGGUGGAGUUAGAAAGAACAGGGGAGUGGCAGAAGCAAUUUCAGGUAUGAAUAUACAUCAUUCUAAAAUGGAGGAGGAGGAAGAUCAUCAGUUAUUUGCUAGUGCCAAACCAGCUCUAUUGCCACUCUUUCCACCUAUGCCAGAGUGUGCCGUUGAUCGUUACUCUCCGGAAUGGUCGGAGUUGCUGCAGGAUGGGGGAGGGAGAAAAUGGGGAUUUCAUCACCAUCGCCCUAUGAUGGACAACUAUGAAGAUUACCUGAAUACCCUUGGCAAUGAGUCGCGUAGGGCUAAUGUUCGAUUCGGAAGCUUCUUCGAUGACGUGGCGAGCUUCUCGAAGGUCAAUGAUGAAAACGACGGCGACCUUGAUUUGCCGUAA